UUGGUCCAUCUUGGUUCCAGAAUGGCAGCUGUUGGUAUUCCUAUUAAACUACUUCACGAAUCUGUGGGGCAUACAGUUACUGUGGAGAUGCAGACCGGCGAGUUGUACAGGGGUCAUCUCAUUCACACUGAGGAUAAUAUGAAUCUGUUGAUUGCUGAGGUGGUAGUGACGAGGAAGGAUGGCAAACAGACUAGUCUGGAGCAGGCGUACAUUCGUGGAUCUAAGAUUCGUUACAUAGUGGUACCGGAUAACCUCCGGUAUGCUCCUAUGUUCAAGCCUAGGAGACAGGGUGCAGGUUCUGGUUGGGGUAGUCUGAACGCUCCUGGGGCUAAGGGUGGCAAGGGUAAGGGUGGUAAGGGUGGCAAGGGCAAGGGCAGGUUCUAGAAGGGUCCUUAGCCUUGUUGACGUCGUACUAUAGAGGAAGCUUAGCUGAGAGCAGAUGGAGUCGGCGUAAUACUGUAUCGCUGCUUUCCUGAGGUCAUCAACUCCAGCGCC